CUUAAGAUCCCCCUGGCCCCAGGCAACAACACGCAAUAACAAUAAUAUCAGAAAUCAAUGCAAUAAAAGCAACCAAGUUCUCCUUCAUAUUGCCUCAAAACCAAUAUCAGAAUCCCUUGUUACCAGGGAAAGGGCGAAUCAGACACGCUACCACGGGAAGUCGCGACAACACGGAGUAAAUAAGAUCUAUUUCGCUUCUCCACACCAACUUCCUACACACACAACUUUUCUUGCUCUGUGUCUCUUUCUCCCCCAAGCUCUCCUGUGGCACAAUUCAAGACACCUGUCACAUUUUGGUCGCAAACCUCUACAACGCGUCUUAAACACAGAACCACAUUUCCUGCAAGCCUGCCGAAUCGAAACUCCAGCAAUCAUGUCGCUCCAGGCUGUGUACAAACAGUUCCUUGCGGCACCCAACUCUGCGCUUUUGGCCAGCAACGCGUCGCUCAACUAUAUCACCACUCUGGUCACGAUCAAUGGCUCCUCCGAAAUCAUCAAGCAUCUCAAUAACCAGACCCGCGAGCUCAAGAAGAAGGAGGAGAAGUACCUCGGCGUGGUUGAAGGCGGAGACGCGCUCGCCGUCGAGGUUCACACCACCUUGGAAUUCCUCAUGGGAGGUGGAGCAUAUCUGCCAAGCUUGGAUGACAACUUCCUCGCAGAUCGAGUGGUUACAUUUCCGAUUAUUCACAUUGUGAGCUUCGACGCAGAUGGCAAGAUUCAGCAGAUUCGGUUGAGCUGGGACCAGGGAUCUCUUCUCAAGUUGAUUGAUGUGAUUGGAAAGACUGGACGAAACUGGCCGAUUCGGGAUGGAAAGGAUCAGAUCAAGUUGAUUGCAAACAGUGUCAAGUCGACCGGAAAGGCAUUGGCGGAUGCACCUCCACCGGUAGAAGAGUCGGCAUACAAUCGAUCCAGAGGAAAUUCCACGAACGUUACGCGCGAUCCACACGCUUCCCUGUCUCUCUUUGCUCCUCGCAGCACGACCAUCGAAGAAUCUCUACCUUCCGUUGUGGCGCCCAAGUCGUCCGCAAAGCCACCCCCACGCGAUUAUAAUGAGUUGUUCGGAGGACAAGAUAGUCACGUUGAGGCGCCAGAAGAGCGGUCAGAGUCCCCAUCAAAAGCUAUCGCUCCCAAGCUUGGUGCAGGAAAGAACUACGGACCAUCACGACUUUUCGAUACAGAAUCAGCGGCAGAAACCAUGUCAGGCGCGAACAAGGAAAAGAUGUAUCGUCCCAAUGCUGCCAGAUACCAGCAUUUUGACUUUGGUGAUGGAGAGGAGGUCGAACAAAAGAAGCCGGUAAUCGAUGCCAACAAGCAUUCCAGCCAAUGGAAUUUCGACGACUUCAUGACUCCACAGAAGGCUGUGCCGUCCAAGGUUCUGCGUACCAAUGACGUUCGUCACUGGGGAAAUAGCGAUGAUGAAGUUGUUGACAGUCCUAUCAAGGUCAAGAAGGUCGACAAGCCACGAAAGGAUGCCGAAACACAUUUCGAAUUUGUCGACGAUGGAACACCUGAUGGAGAACGACGUGCUCCCGGCCGUCCUCGAGGACAAGGACAGAAUAAUGGACUUGGUCUUUACAAGGAUAAUCUGUUUGACGAGGAGACUGGUGCUGCAGCAGUUGGCAACGACCCAGUACCAAACCUGGCCAAUGUCAAGGAUCGACGCAAGGAUUUUGACCCUCAUUUCACGAUGACUGAUGAUUCUCCAGCAUCGAAGCCAGCAGCUCAAGCAGUUCCUGAAAAUAAGGCCAAGGUUGUGAAGAUGAUGGAUGCCAAUUGGGACACCUAUGAUCAAUCACCAAGCCAAAAGGAGAACGGCACCAUUCCCAACAAGGGCAUCACCAUUGCAGGUGAUGGCAUGGGUGGAAAGAAGGGUCCUCUGUCCGAAGCUACCAACAUCAUGAGCCACCGAAAUGACAACCCUAAGGGUAUCAAUACUGCUGGUGAUGGAAUGGGCGGUAAGAAGGGAUCCGGACGAACAUGGGGCUUCGGUGACGAUUCCGACGGCGAAGAAUCCGGUGGUGUCAACAAGCCAGGUAAAUUCAGAACCGGCAAGACACAAGGAAAGGCCCAAGCUACCGGAGGCGAUUUCUGGGAUUUCUAAAUGGAGUUCCUCGACAGUGGAAGGAAGUGGAGGAUUCACGGCUGGAUAAUGUGUAAUGCGGUACGAGCUUUAUGAACAGCAUCACAUCAUGGCACUGCUUUUCUUUUUGUUUUUGUCAUUGGACGCGACGUCUUUCCUUGUCUUUUCGUUGAGUGUUGUGCGAGUCGGCGAAUGAUAUCCUUCCUCGUUGGAUGAAGGAUUUGUGGAUAUGGAUACGAAGAUGCGGUUGGAGAAAACAAAAGCGUUGGGAGGAGGGGGUGGAUGCUUGUAUGUUAUGUUGGUGUUAUGAUAUCUGAUGGUAGUAUUAGAAUGAAUGAAUUGAGUAU